CCCUGCAGUGGAGAGGAGGGAGUAAAAGGGAGUAAAAGGGAGGGGGGGUAUAUCUGACUCCUGUCUCCCCACCCCCCAAAGCCCGUACGAGGUGGAUUUGGGGAAGAAAGGAACCCAAACCUGGGACGUGGAGAUAACGAGAGUCUCCCAUAAAGAGGUCUACACUCGGAGCUGCGCGCACGGCGGAGUCGCGCGCGGAUUAUUAUUGGCUGUUUUAUUUUUCCUUCUUUCACUGAGGAGAUCCGGACCCGGAGAUCCAGACCCGGAGCGUCUCAUGUAGGGGAGAGGAACACAAACACCCGGGGAAUAAAAGGAGGGUUUUAUCCUCUAUAGUGACUUCUUCUUCUCCUCCGUGGAACAGAGUGGGAUAUAUAACGGGCUUUCUAUCUCUGGGGUUCUAAGGAAAUGAAUCCACACACUCACAAAGAGUACGGAUUUUAAAAAAGCUGUCCCCCUUAAAACCAAGCAGGGGGUAGGAUCAGGACUACUUUUCACCCGACGUUCAAAGUGCCAAGCCGUGCUGCGUGAAGACCCCAACCAUCCCUACGCAGUCGGGGCCUCGGCUCUCCAGCCAGGUCAAGGAUCGGUCCCGCCCCGCCCCUCCCUGCCCCCCACCCCUUCCCUACUGGAGCCAAGAUGGCCACCAGCGGUGCCCCUCGCCUCUCCUUGCAACUCCUGCUGCCUGUCACCACUCUGCUGCUAUCACUGCUGCUCUCAGACUCCCAGGCCUUAUCACCACCACGGUUCACUAAAGUUCCAGUGGACCAGAUUGGCGUCUCAGGGGGCGUGGUCUCCUUCGUGUGCCAGGCGACGGGCGACCCCAAGCCGAGGGUUAGCUGGAACAAGAAGGGGAAGAAGGUCAACUCCCAGCGCAUAGAGACCAUCGAGUUUGACGAAGGCGCCGGCGCUGUACUCCGCAUCCAGCCUCUGCGAGCGCCUCGCGAUGAGAACAUCUACGAGUGUGUUGCAGAGAACAGCGAGGGGGAGAUCACUGUCAACGCCAAGCUGUCCAUCAUCCGAGAGGACCUUCUUCCACCGGGCUUCCCGAACAUCGACAUGGGCCCUCAGCUCAAAGUGGUGGAGCGCACUCGGACAGCCACCAUGCUCUGUGCAGCCAGCGGCAACCCUGACCCAGAAAUCACCUGGUACAAGGACUUCCUGCCCAUCGACCCCAGCGCGAGUAACGGGCGAAUCAAGCAGCUACGCUCAGGUGCCUUGCAGAUCGAGAACAGCGAGGACCGACCAGGGGAAGUACGAGUGCGUGCGUCUAACGUGGAAGGCGUGCGCUACUCGUCCCCUGCUAACCUUUAUGUGCGAGUCCGACGGGUGCCUCCUCGCUUCUCCAUACCGCCGACGAGUCAGGAAAUAAUGCCCGGUGGCAGUGUGAACAUAACUUGCGUGGCGGUGGGGUCACCCAUGCCGUAUGUCAAGUGGAUGCUGAACUCAGAGGACUUGACGCCGGAGGAAUGAGAUGCGGUGGGCAGGAACGUCCUCGAACUGAGCAGUGUCCGUGAGUCAGCCAACUACACCUGCGUGGCCAUGAGCAGCCUCGGCAUCAUUGAGGCUGUGGCGCAAAUCACCGUCAAAUGUAAGAGAUGACUCUCUCCCAAGCCUCCAGGUACCCCUGUGGUCACUGAGACCACUGCAACCAGUGUGCCAUCCACCUGGGACUCAGGCAACCCAGACCCCGUCACCCACUACAUCAUCCAGUACAGAGCCAAGUCUCCAGACAGCAAGUACGAGACGGUGGAGGACAUCACGACAACGAGGUACAGCAUAGGCGGACCUCUACCCAACACGGAGUACGAGAUCAGUGUAUCAGCUGUCAACACGAUAGGCCAGGGUCCUCCGAGUGAACCGGUGGAGACUCGGACCGGUGAGCAAGCUCCUGCGAGUCCACCAAGAAACAUCCAGGCUCAGAUCAUCUCCCAGAACACGAUGAUGGUACGCUGGGAGGAGCCGGAGGAGCCCAGACAGAUCAAGGGCUACCGUGUUUACUACACCAUGGACGACUCCCAGCCGAUGAGCCUGUGGCAGAUUCACAACGUCCAGGACCGCAUCAUCACGACGAUCCAGAGCUUGGUUCCUCAGGAGACGUACACAAUCAUCCUGGCAUUCACUUCUGUAGGAGGGCCCUUCUCGGAGCCGAUCCACGUCAAAGUGCUGCAAGGAGUUCCAGGUCAGCCGUCCAAAUUCCAGGUGGGUGCCGUGUCCGACACCAGCAUCGAGCUGACCUGGGAGGCCUACGAGAAAGAAGGGAUUAUAAAUUAUGAGCUCCGUUCCAUGGAAGGCAGUUUUGGCACUCAGAUGAAGAAAACCUUCGGACCCACGUCCUCGUAUGUUGUGGAAGGUCUCCGCCCUCACACGGAGUACCACUUCUCUUUGGCCGCCAUCUCUACCAAAGGCAUCGGAGCCUUCACCAACGAUAUCUCACAGAGGACCCUGCAAGCCAAGCCCCUCAGCCCCCCUCAAGAAAUUAAGUGCAGCAGCACCAGCUCCACCACCUGCUGGUAAGUUGGCGCCCCGCCUUUGGAGAGUCAGAACGGUGACCGGGGGUAUAGGGUGCGCUACCAGGUGGUGGGCCCGUCUGACGGCGGCGGCGGCGGCGACGACGGGGAGCCCAUGGAGGAGCCCACAGUCCCGCCAAUAGAGCAGGUGCUGCUGCAGCGUUUGGAGAAAUGGACCCAGUACAGCAUCACUGUGUCUGCCUUCACUGUGAUUGGGCCAGGCCCUGAGAGCGAGCCCCUGAUCUGCCAUGAUGAAGAUGUUCCUGGGGCUCCUCCGAGGCGAGUGGAGGUGGAGGUCCUGAACUCCACAGCAGUAAAGGUGAUGUGGCGCUCCCUCACCCCGGGGAAGCAGCACGGUCAGAUCCGUGGCUACCAGGUUCACUAUGUCCGUGUGGAAAAUGGAGAGUCACGGGGGCUCCCCCUCAUCAAGGACGUGAUGCUGGGAUGCCAGGAAAUGGUCAUUGGAGGACUUAAGCCAGACACCACUUACUCCAUCACGGUGGCAGCGUACACCACCAAGGGGGAUGGAGCCCGGAGCAAACCUAAACUGGUGGUGACCAAAGGGGCAGUGCCUGGUCAGCCCUAUCUGUCAGUGGCUCAGGACUCAGACACAUCCGCUGUGGUUCGCUGGGAUCCUCCUGACCUCACUAACGGCAUGGACCUGAUGGGCUUCCGGCUCCAGUUCGGCCGGAGAGACGUGGCUCCUCUGGCCACGCUGGAGUUCGCUCCACAAGAACGCCAGUACUCUGUGGUCAACAUUCACCGAGGGGCCACCUACCUCUUUAAGAUCUCAGCCAAGAGCAGGGGGGGCUUUGGGGAGGAGGCUUUUGUAGAACUCAAUUUGCCCGAGAAUACGCCGGGGGGCUACCCUCAUAUUGAUGAGAGCUCAAACGUGACGUGCUGCUCAGUGCAGCUGUCGUGGUCUCCACCGGUGCUGGCGGAGAGGAACGGGGUUAUCACGGCGUACACUUUGGCCUAUAAGGAAGCCGGCUCUGGAGGAGUACCAAGUGAGCUCCGGUUACCCCCCAGCCAGUCCAGCUAUGUGCUCAACAGCCUCAGACCAAACUCGGCGUAUGAUGUGAAAAUACGUGCACACACCAGCGUAGGUCCAGGGCCCUACAGCCCGCCUAUCCAGUAUCGGACCGUGGCCUUUGAUCCAACAGAUGUUCCAAAGAACUUCACCGUCAAGUGGGCCACAAAGACCACGGUGGUUCUUGCAUGGAAGUUUUCUGAAAGCAGGUCUCCUUACAAAUGCACGAUUGAAUACAACCGUCAGAAGAUGGACGUGGACGCCAGGCAGAUGAGGGUGCUCGUCACGGGGCUGAGGCACAACAGCACCUACGAGUUCAGGGUGACGUGCCAAGAGAGCAUGGACGGAGGGACGAGACACCGCGUGGUCGCCAAGACUGCUCCCCUGAUCCUGGUCAAGAAACCCAAACUGGACAUCUUCGCUGAGUCCGACAACAUGCCCACCAUGUCCUUCCCACCGGUCGAUAACAAGGAAGUGAAGAACUUCUAUGUGGUCGUGGUUCCGCUGAGGAGGACCUCAGUGACCGUAAAGAACCUUAAGAAUCCAGAUGAGAUGGACAUGGAGGAGCUGUUGCGUGAGGUGACCCUGAAGCGCCGCUCACGCCGUCAGCUGGCUCAGCUGGACCAGAGGAAGCCCUACAUCACAGCCUGUUUCAGGCAGCUGCCCUCCAGCUUCACCGUGGGAUCCGACCACCGCCACAGCAGCUGUGAGAACAAGCCCCUUGAACCCGGACAGGAGUACGUCUUCUUCCUGCUGGCUGAACUCAAUACCACGACCGGGAAAAUGUACGCUACAAGCCCGUACACCGACACAGUGAUGACCCCCGAGCCGGUGGUGGACGUUAGAAUAGAGACCGGGGACGGACUCAUCUGGGUGGUGGGCCCCGUCCUGGCUGUGGUCUUCAUCAUCUGCAUCGUCAUCGCUAUCCUCCUGUAUAAAAACCGCAAAAGUAAAGAGUCAGAGCCGCGCACCAAGUGUCUGCUGAACAACGCAGACAUCACGCCUCACCAUCCGACAGACCCCGUGGAGAUGAGACGCAUCAACUUCCAGACUCCAGAUUCUGGUCUGAGCAGUCCUCAGAGUGAAGCAGAUUUUGACUAUGAAAGUAUGAUGAAUCAUCCCCCCAUCCCCAUCUCAGAGCUGGCUGAACACACCGAGCUCCUCAAGGCCAACGACAACCUGAAGCUCUCCCAGGAAUACGAGUCCAUCGAUCCCGGCCAGCAGUUCACCUGGGAGCACUCCAACCUGGAGGUGAACAAGCCCAAGAAUCGCUACGCUAACGUCAUCGCCUACGACCACUCCCGCGUCAUCCUGGCUCCCAUCGAGGGUAUCACAGGCAGCGACUACAUCAACGCCAACUACAUCGACGGCUACAGGAAGCAGAACGCCUACAUCGCCACCCAGGGUCCGCUACCGGAGACGUUCGGGGACUUCUGGAGGAUGGUGUGGGAGCAGAGAGCUGCGACUGUGGUCAUGAUGACCCGGCUGGAGGAGAAAUCACGAAUUAAAUGUGACCAGUACUGGCCGAGUCGUGGGACAGAAACCUACGGGAUGACUCAAGUGACGCUGCUGGACACCAUAGAGCUGGCCACUUUCUGCGUGCGCACCUUCUCCUUGCACAAGAACGGCUCCAGCGAGAAACGGGAGGUUCGUCAGUUCCAGUUCACGGCGUGGCCAGACCACGGCGUGCCAGAGUACCCGACCCCCUUCCUGGCUUUCCUGCGUAGGGUGAAGACCUGCAACCCGCCGGACGCCGGACCCAUCAUCGCCCACUGCAGUGCCGGUGUGGGUCGGACAGGUUGCUUCAUCGUCAUCGACGCCAUGCUGGAGCGGAUCAAGCACGAGAAGACGGUGGAUAUUUACGGCCACGUGACGCUGAUGCGCUCACAGAGAAACUACAUGGUGCAGACGGAGGACCAGUACAGCUUCAUCCACGAUGCGCUGCUGGAGGCAGUCGCCUGCGGCAACACCGAGGUGGCCGCCCGGAGCCUCUACUCCUACAUCCAGAAGCUGGCAGGGGUGGAGAGCGGCGAGCACGUCACCGGCAUGGAGCUGGAGUUCAAGCGUUUGGCCAACUCCAAAGCCCACACGUCGCGGUUCAUCAGCGCCAACCUCCCCUGCAACAAGUUCAAGAAUCGGCUGGUGAACAUCAUGCCGUACGAGACCACGCGCGUCUGCCUUCAGCCAAUCAGAGGCCUAGAAGGAUCUGAUUACAUCAAUUCUAGCUUCAUUGAUGGAUACAGGCAACAGAGGGCCUACAUUGCGACGCAGGGCCCCCUGGCAGAGACUACAGAAGACUUCUGGAGGAUGCUCUGGGAGAACAACUCCACGAUCGUAGUCAUGUUGACCAAACUGAGAGAGAUGGGACGGGAAAAGUGUCACCAGUACUGGCCUGCAGAGCGCUCAGCGAGGUACCAGUACUUCGUGGUGGACCCGAUGGCAGAGUACAACAUGCCUCAGUACAUCCUCCGGGAGUUCAAAGUCACAGACGCCAGGGAUGGCCAGUCCAGGACAGUCAGGCAGUUCCAGUUCACUGAUUGGCCGGAGCAAGGCGUGCCCAAAUCCGGGGAGGGAUUCAUUGACUUCAUCGGCCAGGUGCAUAAAACCAAGGAGCAGUUCGGACAGGACGGACCCAUCUCUGUCCACUGCAGUGCUGGAGUGGGCAGGACCGGAGUCUUCAUCACCCUCAGCAUCGUCCUGGAGCGGAUGCGCUACGAAGGCGUGGUUGAUAUCUUCCAGACGGUGAAGAUGCUGCGGACACAGAGGCCAGCCAUGGUCCAGACUGAGGAUGAAUACCAAUUCUGCUAUCACGCAGCUCUGGAGUAUUUAGGAAGCUUUGAUCACUAUGCAACGUAAAAAGCCAUCUCUUCCCCCCCAAGAAUCCUGUCGCCCCCUCUCAACAGUCUCCUGAGCCAUAGAAACUUUGAAAUUUGAAACCGAUGACAGCAGACGACGAUAACCCCUCAUCGCUAAUUCAGACGAUCCAAACGGGACCCUCAUGUAGAUUUUUAGACGCCCCAAGUUUUAGUACAAUUCCAAUUGGACGGAGACGGAGAGACCCUUCAGGAGGAAAAAUUGCCCCUCAUCAGGAAAAAAGAAGCUCCUCCUCCUCUGGAGGGGGGAAUCCAGACAUUGUGGCUCAAGCUGUGGGGUGGGACUGGAUCAAAGUGUCAGACUGCUUACCUUACCUCAAGUGUUUCAAUGUGGAGGACAUUGUAAACAUUCGUGGACAUUUUUCUUCUCAAAAAUAUCUUCGGUGACGCGCAACAGGAAGUGAAGGAAGCGAAGGCAACAGCAAAAAUCAACGGGAGGCAGAUGGAUGUAGCCAAGACGGGAGGACUUUCUUGCUCUUUUGAUAUGCCUUGGUGUGGACGGGGGUUCGAGUGUUUCUAGAAAGACGUUUCUGUGAGUGGAAUCCAGAGAAAUGACCAAAUUGUGGUUGCCUGUGUGAACAGACACAAAAAACAUCAUAACACCGGCACGAGAACAAUCCCAUGUGACAUCAGAGAAACCUGGAGGGGUUUUUUUUACACUGAUGACGAUGAUAUGCAUAGUUUGUGUGAGAGUUAUAAAGGAAGACAUCACAUUAAUGCCUGAUCUGCAGGAACGUCAGCGGCUCUUCGUGGCUUCAUGAAUCGUGUGUUUGUGUGAGUCAGUGUCUGACGCCGGGGUUACCACAGCGGGUUGAAAGAAAACAUCUCCAGCAGCUGCAGCUUGGUCUUCUGAUUUUUUUUUACAAUCACUCCUCUCUCUGGAAGCGUUGCAUCAUGGGGCUUUUUUUGCAGUUGACAUCCACCGUUCUGAACGAGAGCUAAAUCCGCUGUUUGAGAAGCUUCGGAACAAACAAAGAUGGCCGCACCGCCGGGGCUUUUCUUUGUGUACAGUGACCAACGCUCAUCAUCAUUGUUUGAACUUUUCUGUCUUCUGAGGAAUAACCUUUGUAUUUUUUUGGUGUCUGUUUUUAUUUUUCUGUGGAAACCAAACAUGCUGCUUAUCUCGUGUAUGCUGUACGUGCGUGACUCUGGAGGGAGAGGAAACUGACCAACAGGAGAUGCCAGCUCUGCUAACCUUCCACCACUGAAGGUGCAUCCACGUGACAUCAUCCACGCGUCUUUUCCUGCUCUCCUCUCUUCUUUUUUUUGUCUCCAGCCUCUUCUAUAAUCAUCGAUAAGACGCUCCAGAGCGGGCAGAGGCCUGUCGCAGUGACAGUGGUUGAAAAUUUGGCCUUUCCUUCCACUGUUUGUGUUUGGUACCAGGCGGGAGAAACAAGAGUUUUCGUGUCCUCCUGUUUUAUAGGUGAUGUGUCUGUGCGCGCCAGGCGGCCAUCUUGGAUGUGGAUGCCGUGAUGCAAAGAUGAAUCUUUACUUGCACAUCUUUAGGAAGGCGAUGCAACUUGAAGGGAACACUCUGCAGAUUGGAUUAGAGGCGCCGAGUAUAUAAAAAGGAGCUUUUUGGAAUCACCGUGUGAAUCACCAGGCGUGCACAAAAAAAACAAAACCAGAGCGAUGGACAGAACUGUGUGUAAUCUUUCUUAUUUCCAAAAAAGCCUUAUUGUUCUUGUAACAUUAUGAAAACAUUAAUGUUGUAUUAUGACGACUUAUUUUACAUGACAUAGUUUGACUUUUUAUUUUCCUUUGGGUUUUAGUUUUUUAACAGAGACGUUGUGUCACCUUUUUUUAAAAAGCUAGCCGCAAAAGAGAAAUGCUUAUUAUGUUCAUAUUACGUUCAAAGACAUUCUAUUUUUUCACUGUAGAAAAGUUAAGUAUAACACGUGUGUGUGAACGUGUGCAGAUAUAUAUAUACGUAUAUAUGUGUAUACUGCACACUCACACAUGCGUUAUAUAUUUAAAUGCAGAAUAUAAAGAUAUAUCCAAACACUUAGUAUUAUUUCAAUUCCUCUCCUCAUCAUUAUUCUUUUUAUACCAGCCAGUGCUCAUCUUUCAAAUGUGACUUUCUUUCUUUCUUUUUGUGUUUUGUACUCGGAGGAACCGAGAACUGAAGCCUCUGCCUUCGGGUAGAUUUAUCGUGCCGAUGAGGAGACGCCAUUUUUAAACUUGUUGAGAUUCUUUAUUAUGGUUUUUGUAGUUUUUAGUGUCAUUUUAUUUCUUUAUUUUGAGCUACUGUUGAACGAUGAACUGGUCGACAAAAGAACUAACCAAUCAGAAAUGUCAUAACUGAUCUCUUUUUGUUACUGUCAGCCCAACUUGACGUACUGUACCCCAUAUGAUCGUGUACAGACUCCAGUUUCUAAUCUUUGCGUUCCUUUUUUUAAUCUUUUGAUUAUUUUCAGACAUUAUGAGCUCAUCCAUUUUGUUAGAUAUCCACUAUGAACUAGAAUAUACCUGUAAAUAAACAAAUAUAUAGAUUAUAUGUAUUUGUAUCAUUUGACCCCCAUACUUUAAACAGAAAUUACAAAGAUGGAGGUUCUGCUCAUAUCCGACUUCCUGGUGUGUGAAGCCUGUUUUCUCUCCCUCUGACAUGUUCUUUCUCCUGCUCCCUGCUCUUUAAUUACCUCUCACUUUUUUUUUUUCCUGCCUUUAAUUUCCCCUGCUAGCAGUUAAACUGGGAAACAAGCCAGUUCCUGUUGUCACACCUAUAGCCUCAAUGAGGGCGCGAAGGCUGCAACAGUGAUGCACAGCUACGAUUUAGCUGAGGAUGGAGAGAGAGUCCGUUUUUACCAGCCGACCCUUUGGAUUGGUAAUUAACGGAUAAUUCAAGGUCUGGUUACAUUCUCAUUUUCAGAGCAUGAGGCUCUCCUCUCUGUAACCAUAAACCUUGAGUAACAGAAACAAUUGGACGCCAAAGUGUCUACAAAAAGGGACCCAAACUCUCCCACAAACCCCUUAAGGGACCCAGCUGCCCAAAUCCCCAAGCUACCAAACCGUGUCCAUAAAAGUGUCGUCACCUGACGGAGUAAAGCAGCCAUGCGUAGAACAUUGAACACAUGUUGAUUUAUUUCCCCCGUGUGUUUUCUGGAGCAUCGUCUGGAACCGCUCUUUGUGUUUUUCUGUUCAGCCAUGUUUCGUUGUGGGACGCAGAAAGACAUCAGGACUCACUGAGACAGAGCAGCGCGAUGCAAACCAAGGGAAGACCGAGACAACCAAAAACUUGCUGCAAACUCACAUUUCCAGCACGUCACUUCUGAACAGUGGGAACCUUGAGAUGUUUCAUAACGGACUAAAAGACUGGACUGAAGUCUUUGGGAACUCAGAUUCUAAAAAAAAAAAAAGAGACUGUCUAAAUGGCCCCCAAUGCCAAAACUGAAACCGUGGAAGUCUUUGGAAGCUUGUGCAACGUGUUACUCUUUUGACUUCAUGUAAAGAUCGUAGACUUUUGAAAAAACAGCCACCAAAUUUACUGGAUUAUGUCACAGAAUAUUUGAGGGUUGGGCGGGAGACUAACAAAAAAACAACACUAACAAAAAAUGACAUCAAGAAGAAUAGAGCAUAUACAGUACCUACCGACAAACAUGAAAAGAACCCAAACUCAGCAGAAUAGUUUUUCCUUUAUAUGAAGGCCAAGAGCUAUCACUUUCAAACUGUUACUUCUAACUGAAACAAUAAUUGGUUUAAAGCCACUGUGUAUGUAGAUAUGUUGACUUUGUAUUAAAGAAAUGUUGUCUGAAAAACCAA